AUGCAGGAGAUUCGGGCAUCAGGACGACCAAAGCGUAAGACUAGGGCUCCUGACAGACUGGACCUCCAGCAGCAGCACGUGAAGCCCACAAAGACUAUGUUUGGCUAUCACCUCACAAUGGCGGAUAUCAAGAAAGGGUUGUCGCCAGAAGAGAGAGACGCUAUCAUAGAAGACUGUCACAACAUUACGGAACAACAAUGUCCUCAGAAAGGAAGUGUUUGUGAGUAUGAUGAGAUUGAAGGAAUGGUUAUGGCAAAGUACAUCAAUGAGUUGAACGACCGCUUCCAACAAGGGAAGUAUGGUCACAGUUUCGGACAGUAA